AUGAUAUUCCCUCUAGCUUUCUUCACAAGUAUGAUCCACGUGAUGGUAUACUUGUCAGAAGAGAAAUUGCUUGCUGGUCCUGUCAACUAUCGCUGGAUGUCUCCAAUAGAAAUGCUUCUUGGAGAGCUGAAAAAAAGUGUAUGCAACAGGGCGAAGCCCGAAGGAUCAAUUAUAAAGGCUUGGCGCAAUAAUGACGGAGGUCUGCGAAAUGAAAAACUUUAUGUUUUUGCCCAAAGUGCACGACCCUUUGGAGAUCCUGGACGAGGAGAGUCGUUUUCCAGAAAUGACAUGGAUGUAGCGCAUUGGUUCAUAUUGAAAAAUUGUGAUGAGAUCAUGGCAUACUUAGAUGAGCAUGAAGAGAUGAUGAAGCAAGAACAUCCAUCACAUUUGUAUGCUAAGAAACACCAUGAAUUGUUUCCAUAA